AUCUCCCACAUCCCUCGCCAGACAUCAGCCAGCAGCACCACUGAACGCAGCUCCCUCCCUCCCUCUCUCUCUCCUUCACGCAUAAACACCAUCUCUGGCUGCAGCUGCACCGCAUCCACAGACCUCCCCGCACCGGGCUCCAACCUAAGAGAAGAGAAUAACGGCUGCAACUCGCACCAAAGGGGAUCUACAGCAACUCUUCCGAGGAGGGAAGACUACUUUGUGUUGCUUUUUCUUCCUUUCCUGUUCUACCCUUGCCGCGAUGUCCGAAGUGCUGCCAUAUAACGAGGGGAAAAUGAGCGGCUACGGAGCGGACAGCGAGGUCAGCCAGAUGUCCUUUAGCUGCGGACUGCAGGACUCAAAUGCCUUCUUCGCUGCGUCGCAGGCGAAAAGACCCCCAAAGCUGGGACAGAUCGGCAGAGCCAAGCACGUGGUCAUCGAGGACGACCGAAUAGACGAGGUCCUGAAGGGAAUGACGGACAAGUCCUCACCCGGCGUUUAAAGCGUCUCUGAUGGCCUUGCAGACUUUUUUAAUUUUCGAUCACCCGAUUUGAAGCACUUGUCGGCUGUGCAUGUUCGAGGAUUGCAGGAGAGAGGGAGACAGAUGAAAAUUAAAAACAUGGGCAGCUCUGAGCAAGAAUGAGGAUGAUAAAAGGAGGAGAGUGGGGAAAAAGGAGGGUAAUGGACAAGGCUUUGAGGGGGAAAAAUAGACAGAGGUGAAGAAAGACUGGUGGACUCUAGAGGAAGGGGAAUAAAGACCAAGUUUUAUUGUGGGAUUGCUGGCAAUUCUUCAUAAGAAUCCCGAUUUUAACUAUGUUGAGAUGGCUGCUGUGUAUCUCAACCUCUGCUGACUUAAAAUGAUGGAUUAACUUGUCAUUUUUUCUUCACGAUCAUCUCUUUCAGUUGUUCUUUUCCAGAAAUAUAUAUAUAUCUAUAUAUACAUAAAGAAGCGCUGUAAACAACAAAAGACUGCAACUAUAGAGGGCAAAACUAAAUCCGGCCCUAUUUCAGUAAGUUGUACAAUAGGUAAAGCUAUAAGCUCUUAAACGACCCCCCUCCCUGUUCCUUUCUCAGCCCUUUAGGCUUUGUUUUGUUGAUCCAGUCAGCCACGAAUUUUAAGGGAGCUGUCCUUUCAGCACUGAUCUAAUGCAUCCCCUGUUGCUGCUAAUGCUUUUACAGAAAAACAAAAAUCAACCAAACUUUAUAGAGUAAAAGGAGAUUCAUUGUAUGUAUAAAAGACAUAUUAUCCGAGGAUGGUGCAAUGUUUAUAUCUUCUGUAGUGGAACCCCCCCUUUCCUGUUUGUUUCAGUGUCUAAACAGCAGACAAACAGAACACUAUGCUCAUCCUGCAGUUACCCCUCAGUGGUGAAUGGUGCAGGAUGGCACCUCCAUGUAGCUGAUUUAUUCCUGCACAUAUCUUUUUUUUUCUCCUCCUCAUUUUUAUUUUAUUUUAUUUGUUUGUUAUGCAUUUCUUCAAAUAUCUACAGGGGCCUACAGAAAUGUGGAGAUUUCCUGUAUAUGAUUUAAAUAUUAGCCAUGAGAGUCAUGGGGUAAACACGGUUUGAGAAUUUUAUUUUCCAGUUCUUAGUGGAAGUAGCUUUUUAUUUAUUUUAUUUCUUUUUUGCCUCCAUCUAUUUUGCAUGAAGAGUCCCAUUCUGGUGCCAACGCAGGUGCCGCAACUUGUAACCCUGGCACGCUUCUUUUUAACAACAACAAAGAAGUCAUAUUUGUAUUUUUAUAUCUAAAUAUUUGUUAUUUGAAUUAUAUGCUAGUCUAUCGUCUUACGGUUCAUCAACAAAGAUAUUUGUACUUCAGAGAGGGUUUGACUAUAGGGACUGGGCCUCACACUGGUAAAUCUCAGUUUAGUAGACUGGUCUUGUUCUAUAUCAAAGGUCAGGCUUUUUUUAAAGACUUACUGAAUGUGUCUGGGUUUUUUGCACACAUCAAUGUUAAACUAUUAUUAAGAAGUCGUAUACUGUGAGUUCAGCUUCGUUGAUGAAUUUGUUAGAAAAAAUAUGGCAGUUUUAGAGUAUAUUGCACUGUUUACGAGUAUCCACAAAUAACGCAUUGUUAUUUGACCUAUUUUGAACAUGACAAUUUUUUUGUUUUGUUUGAUUGAUUUGUUUGACUUAUUUUAUUUAUUUUGUACCAUACUUUUCAACAAAUGGUUGUGCAUGAAACCUUAAUAUUUUCAAAUAUAAAAAAAAAAACAUUGUUUUACGAAGCAAAAAAGCAACAAAAAUGUCAUGACAUUCUAAGAAUGAGUCAUUGUAUAUUAUGAUGCCAUUUUCACUGUAUUUGGUGAAUUAAUAAAUGGUGACAGAAAAUGUUAAUGCGAUUCCUUGACGUGGCUUUUGUUCUGAGACAUUCAGAGAGAAACAAUGAGCCAGCACUUAGGAGAACUAGAUCCGUUCUAUGAAUGAGACUGAAGGCAAAAAAUAAAAGGUCACAAUUUGUACCAAGUUAGCCACUGCAGGUAAAUCUAGCCUUAGCCAGCCAGGGAGAGCUUGCAUCAUUGCCAGUUUGGGCCUCUGCAGCUUCUGGAAUGAUUAGCUAUGGUCCUAAUGAUAGAAAACACAGAUCCUUAAUUAAAGAGACACAAAUGAAUCAGUGAUCCAAGACUUGAGCUGUUAAACAGCUCUGUGCUGGCCUACACAAGUGAAUCCAUUAAAUCACAAAUCCCCAGUGAGCCACAACUAGGCACAUAAUCGCCCAUAGGCAUGUGCAUGCUCACUUUACACAGCGGACUAAUAUAUCAACUCUACAAGGUAAAGGCACAUUUUAGGAUCCUGA